AUGGCUCCUAUUUCUAUCGCCGACUUGGUGGCCGCCCUCCCUGCGGAGGACUGCUGGGGCCCCUCCACCUCUGCCGACAACAUGCUCUCGGGCGUGCCUUACGCUCCUUUCUCCAAGGGCGACAAGCUCGGCCGUAUGGCUGACUGGACUGCUGAAUCCAAGGAGCGCCAGAACCAGCGUCCUCAAUACAACCGCGGUUUCAGAGACCAGCAGGCCUACGGCGCCGGUGCCACCAACCUGUUCAGCGUUGCUACCGCCGAGGACGAGUCCUCCUUCUCCGUCGUUGACAACACCCGCACCCAGAAACGCACUUUCGGUCGUGGCGGUGGCACUGUUUUCCGUGGCCGUGGUGGCCAGCGUGGUGCUAUGAACCAGCGCGGUGGACGCGGUGGCUUCCAGCGUGUCGGUGCCGCUGGUCGUGGCCAGCAGGGUGGCUACUACGACAACCGCGGCGGCCGUGGUGGCCGUGGUGGCCGUCGUUUCGGCUGGAGAGACUACGACAAGCCCCAGCGCAUCCGUGAGCCCUCCGUCAACAUUCGUCCCGAUUGGACCAUGCUCGAGGAGGUCGACUUCAGCCGUCUGUCCAAGCUGAACCUCGAUGCCCCCGAGGGUGAGGACCUCGACUCUUACGGUUUCCUCCACUACUACGACAAGUCCUACGACAGAGCCCCUGUUAAGAACGCAGAGCGCAGAAUCCAGGCCCUCGACCGUGCCGCCUACAACGUCACCACCUCCCAGGACCCCGUCAUCAACGAGCUGGCCGAGAAGAACGCCGCUACCGUCUUCGCUACCUCCGAUAUCCUCUCCAUGCUGAUGUGCGCCACCCGCAGCGUCUACUCCUGGGACAUCGUCAUCGUCCACCAGGGCGACAAGAUCUACUUCGACAAGCGCGACGGUGCCUCCUUCGACCUCGUCAGCGUCAACGAAAACGCCGUCGACGCCCCUCUCGAGGUCGCCGAGGCCGCCGGCAAGCAGGAGCAGAUCAACACCCCCAGCGCCCUGGCCAUGGAAGCAACCAUCAUCAACCACAACUUCGCCCUGCAGACCCUUAUUGAGUCCGAGCAGCAGAAGGUCUCCUUCGCCAAGCCCAACCCCUUCUACGACGAGGCCGAGGAAACCGAGCCCCUUGCCUCAAAGGGCUACAAGUACCGCCGCUUCGACAUCUCCCUGGAGCGCGACGAAGAGCCCGUCUCCAUGGUCGUCCGUACCGAGGUCGACGCCGUCAUGAAGGGCGGCCCCACCGGUUCAGAGGACCAGCAGCUGACUAUCAAGGCCCUGAACGAGUUCGACCCCAAGGCCCAGGGCUCCGGAGGUGCCCUGGACUGGCGCAGCAAGCUGGUCUCGCAGCGCGGUGCCGUCCUCGCCACCGAAAUGAAGAACAACUCCUCCAAGCUCGCCCGCUGGACUACCCAGGCUAUCCUGGCCAAGGCCGACGGCAUGAAGCUGGGUUUCGUUUCCCGUGUUAACCCCCGCUCCGCAGCUUCCCAUGUCGUCCUGGGUGUUGUCGGCUACAAGCCUAAGGAGUUCGCUACUCAGAUGAACUUGAACCUCGGUAACGGUUGGGGUAUUGUCCGUACUAUUGUUGACCGUAUUCGCACGCUUGACUCUGAUGAGCCUGCUGAUAAGGUUAAGAAGUACGUUCUGAUCAAGGACCCUAACAAGUCGGUGCUCCGUCUUUACAGUGUCCCUCCCACUACCUUUGAGGAGGAUGAUGAGGCUGAGGUUGAGGUUGAGCAGUCUGAUGAGAAGUCUGAUGAUGAGUAA